CUCCUCGGCCACACAAAGGCCCGUCUCCAUGGCAGCCGCGCGGGCCGGAGCGCAGCGCGGAUCGCGGCCCGGGCGCCAUCGAGCCUCGGCGGCGGACGUGCAGAGAAUCUUGAUGCUGGCGCAGGGCGGAGACUGAGCUGGACUCCUGGAGGCUGGGGAGCGGGGGGCCAUGGCUCUGCAGCUCUGGGCGCUGACCCUCCUGGGCCUGGGGGUCACGGGUGCAGGACUGCGGCCCCGAAAGCUGGACAUGUUCCGCAGCGAGACGGAGCUGAACCACCUGGUGGUGGACGAGGCGUCGGGCGUGGUAUACCUGGGGGCGGUGAACGCGCUCUACCAGCUGAGCGCCGAGCUGCAGCUGGAGCAGCAGGCGGCCACCGGCCCGGCCCUGGACAACAAGAAGUGCACGCCGCCCAUUGAGCCGAGCCAGUGCCAUGAGGCUGUGCAGACGGACAACGUCAACCAGCUCCUGCUGCUGGACCCUCCUGGGAAGCGCCUGGUCGAGUGCGGCAGCCUCUUCAAGGGCAUCUGUGCCCUGCGUGCGCUCAACAAUAUCUCCACGCUGCUCUUCUACGAGGACGGUAGUGGCGAGAAGUCUUUCGUGGCCAGCAACGACGAGAGUGUGAGCACGGUGGGGCUGGUGAGCGCCACAAGCCCUGGCGGCGAGCGUGUUCUGUUCGUGGGCAAAGGCAACGGGCCGCACGACAACGGCAUCAUCGUGAGCACGCGCCUGCUGGACCGGACCGAGGGCAGGGAGGCCUUCGAGGCCUACACGGACCACGCCACCUACAAGGCCGGGUACCUGUCCGCCAACACGCAGCAGUUUGUGGCCGCCUUUGAGGACGGCCUCUACGUCUUCUUCGUCUUCAACCAGCAGGACAAGCACCCGCCGCGGAACCGCACGCUCCUGGCUCGCAUGUGCAAGCAGGACCCCUUCUACUACUCCUACCUGGAGCUGGACCUGCAGUGCCGCGACCCCAGCGACCCCCAGGCACUCCGCUUCAGCACGUGCCUGGCGGCCUCCGUGGCUGGGCCGGGUGCCGGCAGGGUGCUGUACGCCGUGUUCAGCAGGGAUGGCCGGAGCGCCGGGGGCCCCCGCGCAGGCCUCUGUCUGUUCCCGCUCGACGAGGUCCACGCCAAGAUGGAGGCCAACCGCAACGCCUGCUACACCGGCUCCCGGGAGGCGGGCCGAGACACCUUCUACAAGCCCUUCCACGGCGAAAUCCAGUGUGGCGGCCACGGAACGGGCGCCAGCGAGAGCUUCCCGUGCGGCUCGGAGCACCUGCCCUACCCGCUGGGCAGCAGAGACGGACUCACAGCCACGGCCGUGCUGCAGCGCGGCGGCCUGAACCUGACAGCCGUGGUGGUGACCACCGAGAACGGCCACACGGUCGCCUUCCUGGGCACCUCCGACGGCCGGGUCCUCAAGGUGUACCUUGCCCCGGACGGCACCUCCGCGGAGUACGGCUCCAUCCUCGUGGAGAUCAACAAGAGAAUCAAGCGGGACCUGGCACUGUCUGCCAACCUGACCAGUCUCUACGCCAUGACCCAGGACAAGGUGUUCCGGCUGCCGGUCCAGGAGUGUCACAUCUACCCAAGCUGCCAGCAGUGCCGCAGCUCACAGGACCCCUACUGCGGCUGGUGCGUUGUCGAGGGACGAUGCACCAGGAGGGUUGAGUGCCCUCGGGCAGAGGAGAGCGGCCACUGGCUGUGGAGCCGUGACGAGGCCUGUGUGGCUGUCACCGGAGCGCAGCCCCAGAACAUGAGCCGACGGGCGCAGGGCGAGGUGCAGCUGACCGUCAGCCCCCUCCCAGCCCUGAGCGAGGAGGACGAGCUGCUGUGCCUCUUCGGGAAUUCGCCGGCACACGCUGCCCGCGUGGAAGGGGACGUGGUCAUCUGCAACUCCCCGCACACCAUUCCUCGCACACCGGCCGGCCAAGACCACGUGGCCGUGAGCAUCCAGCUGCGCUUCAGACGCAACAACACCUUCCUCACGUCCCACCAGUACCCAUUCUACGACUGUCGGGAGGCCAUGAGCCUGGCAGAGAACCUGCCGUGCAUCUCCUGCACAAGCAACCGCUGGACCUGCCAGUGGGACCUGCGCUACCACGAGUGUCGGGAGGCCUCCCCCAACCCCGAGGACGGCAUCGUCCGCGCCCACAUGGAGGACAACUGCCCCCAGUUCCUGAACCCCAGCCCCCUGGUCAUCCCCAUGAACCACGAGACAGAUGUGACCUUCCAGGGCAAGAACCUGGAGACGGUGAAGGGUUCCUCUCUGCACGUGGGCAGUGACCUGCUCAAGUUUGAGGAGCCGGUGAGCGCCCAGGAACCAGGAACCUUCUUCUUUCGGACCCCAAAGCUCUCCCACGACGCCAACGAGACCCUGCCUUUGCACCUGUACGUCAAGUCCUACGGCAAGAACGUUGACAGCAAGCUCCAAGUCACCCUGUACAACUGCUCCUUCGGCCGGAGCGACUGCAGCCUGUGCCUGGCGGCCGACCCAGCGUACAAGUGCGUGUGGUGCGCCGGGCAGGGCAGGUGCGUGUACGAGGCUCUGUGCAGCAACACCACCUCCGAGUGUCCACCGCCCGUCAUCACCAGGAUCCAUCCUGAGACGGGCCCACUGGGCGGGGGCAUUCGAAUCACGAUCUUGGGGUCCAAUUUGGGGGUCACCGCGGAUGACGUCAAGAGGGUCACCGUGGCAGGCCAGAACUGCGCCUUUGAGCCAGAGCGCUACUCCGUGUCCACCCGGAUCGUGUGUGCCAUUGAGGCUGCGGCGGGGCCCAUCACCAGGGGCGUCACGGUGGACGUCAACGGGAAGCUGGGUCACUCACCACCCCAUGUCCAGUUCACCUACCAGCAGCCCCAGCCCCUCAGCGUGGACCCAAAACAGGGGCCACAGGCCGGAGGCACCACACUGACCAUCAGCGGCACCCAUCUGGACACGGGCUCUGAGGAGGACGUGCGGGUGACCCUCAACGACGUCCCCUGUAAAGUGACGCAGUUUGGGGCACAGCUGCAGUGUGUCACCGGCCCACAGUCCGUGCUGGGGGAGCUGCCCCUGGAGAUUUACUACGGGGGCUCCCGGGUGCCCAGCCCCGGCGUCCUCUUCACCUACCGCGAGAACCCAGUGCUACGGGCCUUCGAACCACUGCGAAGCUUCGUCAGUGGUGGCCGUAGCAUCAACGUCACGGGCCAGGGCUUCAGCCUCAUCCAGAGAUUCGCUAUGGUGGUCAUAGCCGAGCCCCUGCAGUCCUGGCGGCAGCGGCGGGAGGCCGGGCUCCUGCAGCCCACGACGGUCGUGGGCACGGAGUACGUGUUCUACAACGACUCCAAGGUCGUGUUCUCGUCCCCGGCGGUCCCCGAGGAGCCCGAGGCCUACAACCUCACGGCCCUCAUCCAGAUGGACGGGCACCGUGCCCUGCUCAGGACUGAGGCCGGGGCCUUUGAGUACGUGGCCGACCCCACCUUUGAGAACUUCACGGGGGGCGUCAAGAAGCAGGUCAACAAGCUCAUCCAUGCCCGGGCCGCGUGCUCCCCCCAGGGCACAAACCUCAACAAGGCAAUGACGCUUCACGAGGCCGAGGCCUUUGUUGGUGCCGAACGGUGCAUCAUGAAGACGCUGACAGAGACGGAUCUGUACUGCGAGCCUCCCGAGGUGCAGCCUCCCCCGAAGCGGCGGCAGAAGAGGGACACGACGCAUAACCUGCCUGAGUUCAUCGUGAAAUUCGGGUCUCGGGAGUGGGUCCUGGGCCGUGUGGAGUAUGACACGAGGGCGAGCGACGUGCCACUCAGCCUCAUCCUGCCACUGGUCAUCGUGCCCAUGGUGGUGGUCAUUGCCGUGUCUGUCUACUGCUACUGGAGGAAGAGCCAACAGGCGGAGCGCGAAUACGAGAAGAUCAAGUCCCAGCUGGAGGGCCUGGAGGAGAGCGUGCGGGACCGCUGCAAGAAGGAGUUCACAGACCUGAUGAUCGAGAUGGAGGACCAGACCAACGAUGUGCACGAGGCGGGCAUCCCGGUGCUGGACUACAAGACCUACACCGACCGCGUCUUCUUCCUGCCCUCGAAGGACGGCGACAAGGACGUGAUGAUCACGGGCCGACUGGACAUCCCCGAGUCGCGGCGGUCUGUGGUAGAGCAGGCCCUGUACCAGUUCUCCAACCUGCUCAACAGCAAGUCUUUUCUGGUCACUUUUAUCCACACCCUGGAGAGCCAGCGCGAGUUCUCCGCCCGCGCCAAGGUCUACUUCGCGUCCCUGCUGACAGUGGCGCUGCACGGGAAGCUGGAGUACUACACGGACAUCAUGCGCACGCUCUUCCUAGAGCUCAUGGAGCAGUACGUGGUGGCCAAGAACCCCAAGCUGAUGCUGCGCAGGUCCGAGACGGUGGUAGAGAGGAUGUUGUCCAACUGGAUGUCCAUCUGCCUGUACCAGUACCUCAAGGACAGCGCCGGCGAGCCCCUGUACAAGCUAUUCAAGGCCAUCAAGCAUCAGGUGGAGAAGGGGCCCGUCGAUGCCGUGCAGAAGAAGGCCAAGUACACGCUCAACGAUACGGGGCUGCUGGGCGAUGAUGUGGAGUACGCACCCCUGACAGUGAGCGUGAUCGUCCAAGACGAAGGCGCAGAUGCCAUCCCAGUCAAGGUCCUCAACUGUGACACCAUCUCCCAGGUCAAGGAGAAGAUCAUCGACCAGGUGUACCGCACGCAGCCGUGCUCCCGCUGGCCAAAGGCUGACAGUGUGGUCCUCGAGUGGCGUCCAGGCUCCACGGCCCAGAUCCUGUCAGACCUGGACCUGACCUCCCAGCGGGAGGGCCGGUGGAAGCGCAUCAACACCCUGAUGCACUACAACGUCCGGGACGGAGCCACGCUCAUCCUGUCCACGGUGGGAGUGUCACAGCAGCCGGAGGACAGCCAGCCGGACCUGCCCGGGGAGCGCCACGCCCUCCUGGAGGAGGAGAACCGCGUGUGGCACCUGGUGCGGCUGGCGGACGAGGUGGAUGAGGGCAAGUCCAAGCGGGGCAGCGUGAAGGAGAAGGAGCGUACCAAGGCCAUCACCGAGAUCUACCUGACGCGUCUGCUGUCCGUCAAGGGCACACUGCAGCAGUUCGUGGACAACUUCUUCCAGAGCGUCCUGGCACCCGGACACGCGGUGCCACCAGCCGUCAAGUAUUUCUUCGACUUCCUGGACGAGCAGGCGGAGAAGCACGACAUCAAGGACGAGGACACCAUCCACAUCUGGAAGACCAACAGUUUACCACUCCGGUUCUGGGUGAACAUUCUCAAGAACCCGCACUUCAUCUUCGACGUGCACGUUCACGAGGUGGUGGACUCCUCCCUGUCGGUCAUUGCGCAGACCUUCAUGGACGCCUGUACGCGCACCGAGCACAAGCUGAGCCGCGACUCCCCCAGCAACAAGCUGCUCUACGCCAAGGAGAUCUCCACCUAUAAGAAGAUGGUAGAGGAUUAUUACAAGGGAAUCCGACAGAUGGUGCAGGUCAGCGACCAGGACAUGAACACACACUUGGCAGAGAUUUCGCGGGCGCACACAGACUCCCUGAACACCCUUGUGGCCCUGCACCAGCUCUACCAGUACACGCAGAAGUACUACGACGAGAUCAUCAAUGCCCUGGAGGAGGAUCCCGCCGCGCAGAAGAUGCAGCUGGCCUUUCGCCUCCAGCAGAUCGCGGCUGCGCUGGAGAACAAAGUCACAGACCUCUGACCUCCAACUUCUGCCACCACGGUCUCUGGGCACAGGUGCGUGAUGCCCCGUGUCAGUCACGGGGCGGCCCCUGAAGACGAGGCCAAGUGGCGAGGCCCUUACCUUUCACCAGCAGAGCAAGAGCCCCGGGGCAUGUGGAAGACGCCCCCGGGGGAGCCCUUGUCUCGGUGUCUGGUGUGUGUAGCAUCUUUCUCAGCAAUACUGCCGGGCGCCCGCCAGCACCAGCCCCUCCUGCAGAACCAGCACCAGGUGUUCUGUCACACCAAGUGAUUCGCAAACGUGCCUUAUGCCCUGGAGCCGUGCUGGGUCGUUGGGGGCAGUUGGGCCUCCACUCCCCCUCCCUGAGCACCAGCAGCCGCCUCGCAUCCUGGGUUUGGCCUCUCUGGGUGAGGUCUGAGUGCCUGUGGCCCCCAGGGCCCGGCACCCAGAUUGUGUCUGUCUGUCCCACUGGGACGGAAGGAGAGAAGCGGUACGAAGCCUUCCUGACCUCACCCGGCCGGCCCUGUGGGGCGCUGGCACCCCGGGUGGACUCCGCACCACGGGCCUCACCUCACAGGUCAAGCUGGACGUCAGACGUCGAGGCCCAGGCGGCCAGAGGGGACCCAGCAGGCGGAGGGUCUGUUUCAGCCUGUCUGACAGGCCGUCCUGGAGGCCGGGCCCAGGCUGGGGUCCGGGAGCAGCUCCGCCAGGACCGCCCUCGCCCCUACCCCCUUUUGUAAAUCUUGUUAAUUGUAAAUCAAAUAUAGCUGUGUUUUUCACUCUG